UCAAGCAGCAAGAGCGACUCUGGAGGACGGCCUUCUACUUCGUGGGGCGAUGGAAACAAAGGUAGAGCCGAAGCGGAAUCCUCCUAGUUUUACUCUCCUAUUUUCUUUCAAUCUGUCAUCUCUCUAAAACCCCAGUCCCAUGGAAAUUUGAAAUCUCCCAAACGGCUCCAUUUCCAUCUCUCUUCAUCUUAUAAUGCCAGGGUUUGAAGUUUGUUCCAGAAAUUCACUAUGGAAUGACCGAUCCCAAUGUCCAAUUUUGGUCGAUUUAAGUUCGAAUUCUAGUUCAUUCACUUGUGGUGGCAUAUUUCUCGAGCCCACCAUUUCUUCUUCUUUUGUUAAUCUCAUUUCUUCUAGGAAUAGUUCAGUUAGUGUUUCGAGUUUGAUUUCUUGUUCUAAACACACUGUUUUAAGGGGAUUUAGGAGAGAUAGGAGUAGUCGAGUCGCCCUUAGUGGUCUCUUUUUAUCCGUGAGCUUGAGAAACAAUGGACUUCCGCUUGUGCACGAACCGAAGGUCUGUUUGGUGCAAGACGGAGAUGAAAAGAGCGUUAUUGAGGAGGAGAAGGUGCUCGAUGGAGGUAAUGUUGUUUUGGAGGGAAGAAGGAAACCGAAUGUUAGGGUACGAGGACGUGAUGCUAUGAACACUACCAAGCAUUUGUGGGCCGGAGCUAUUGCAGCUAUGGUUUCAAGGACUUUUGUUGCUCCACUGGAGAGAUUAAAGCUGGAAUACAUGGUUCGUGGUGAGCAAAAACACAUCUUUGACCUCGUUAAGACAAUUGCAACUACGCAAGGCUUGAAAGGCUUUUGGAAGGGGAACCUUGUCAACAUACUCCGUACUGCUCCAUUUAAAGCAGUCAAUUUUUGUGCAUAUGAUACAUAUAGGAAACAAUUGCUCAGAUUAUCUGGGAAUGAAGAAACAACAAAUUUUGAGAGGUUCAUUGCUGGUGCUGCAGCCGGCAUUACUGCUACCGUACUCUGUAUACCACUUGACACUAUCCGGACCAAAAUUGUUGCACCUGGUGGAGAAGCUUUGGGUGGUGUGAUUGGUGCUUUUCACCACAUGAUCCGGACUGAAGGUUUCUUUUCCCUUUACAAGGGCUUAGUGCCUUCAAUCAUAAGCAUGGCACCUUCAGGGGCAGUUUUCUAUGGUGUUUAUGACAUAUUGAAGUCUGCUUAUCUGCAUUCACCUGAAGGCAGGAAAAGAAUAGAGAACAUGAACCAACAUGGGCAGGAAUUGAAUGCUUUGGACCAGCUAGAGUUGGGACCAGUCAGAACAUUAUUGUAUGGGGCAGUUGCUGGCGCUUGUGCAGAAGCAGCUACAUACCCAUUUGAAGUUGUGAGGAGACAACUUCAACUGCAAGUUCGGUCCACUAAGAUGAGUGCAUUAGCGACCAGUGUGAAGAUUGUUGAGCAAGGUGGAAUUCCAGCUCUAUAUUCAGGACUCAUACCGAGCUUACUGCAGGUACUUCCCUCAGCAGCAAUAAGUUACUUCGUCUAUGAGUUUAUGAAGAUUGUUCUCAAAGUAGAAUAAAUGAGUAGAAAAAUAACUGGUAGGAGGCUGUACAGUGACUCAAAGAUGAGCACUGGAUACAAAUCAAAAUGGUAAGAUUUAUCAGUUACACUUGACUAGUUACCAUUGAAUUUCUCAACAUAUUGUUUUUCUUCAAAUGAAGAAAUAAAGAACCUUUUCACA